CGUCGGGCCAAGCCCCUGACGACAGCCCCAUGGCGUUGCACCUCUACAGCCCCCGCCUCCAGCUCGAUGAGACCCUGGAGCAGAUGCAGCAGGGGACUCUGAUGCGGAAGGUGAAGUCCAAGAGCUGGAAGAAGCAGCGAUAUUUCAAGCUGCAGGACGACUGCAUGACUGUCUGGUACAAGUCCAAGAAGAACGGCAACACCAAAUAUACCUUCUCCAUCAGCGAUGUGGAGACAGUGCGGGAGGGUCACCAGUCUGAGGUGCUGCAGAGCCUGGCUGAGGAGUUCCCACCUGAGCACUGCUUCACCGUCGUCUUCCACGGGCGGCGCGGGAACCUGGACCUGAUCGCCGGCUCCCCUGAGGAGGCGCAGUGCUGGGUCCAGGGCCUGCGCCGCCUGGUGGAGAUCGUCACCAAGAUGGACCAGCAGGAGAAGAUGGAUCAGUGGAUCUGCGACUGGUUCCAGAAGGCCGAUAAGAACAAGGACGGGCGCAUGAGCUUCAAGGAGGUGCGGCAGCUCCUCAAGAUGAUGAACAUGGACAUGAACGAGGACCAUGCGCUCCGGCUCUUCCAGAUGGCCGACGGGUCGGAGUCAGGGACGCUGGAGGGCGAGGAGUUCGUGCUGUUCUACAAGGCGCUGACGCAGCGAGACGACGUGCUGGGCGUCUUCCAGGCGUUCUCCCAGGACGGGAAGAAGCUGACCCUGCUGGAGUUUGUGGAUUUCCUGCAGCAGGAGCAGCUGGAGGGGGAGAACACGCAGGAGUUCGCCAUGGAGCUGAUUGCCAGAUACGAGCCGUCUGAGAGCGCCAGGGCGCGCCACGUGCUGAGCCUCGACGGCUUCCUCCUGUACCUGCGCUCGCCGGAAGGCGCCAUCUUUAACCCCGCUCAUGAGCCGCUUUGUCAGGACAUGACCCAGCCCCUCUGCCACUAUUUCAUCUCCUCCUCGCACAACACCUACCUGCUGGAGGACCAGCUCCGGGGCCAGAGCAGCGUCGAGGGCUACAUCAGGGCUCUGAAGCGGGGCUGCCGCUGCUUGGAGGUGGACUGCUGGGACGGGCCCAGUGGGGAGCCCGUCGUGUACCACGGCCACACGCUCACCUCCAAGAUCCCCUUCAAGGACGUGGUCAGCACCCUGGGGCAGUACGCCUUCCAGGCGUCCGACUAUCCCGUCAUCCUGUCCCUGGAGAACCACUGCGGCCCGGAGCAGCAGGACCUCAUGGCCCAGCACCUGAAGGGCAUCCUGGGAGAGCGGCUGCUCACGGUCCCCCUCGACGCCCACGACCCCACGCAGCUGCCUUCGCCGGAGGAGCUGAGAGGAAGGAUCAUUCUGAAGGGGAAGAGGGCAGAGAGCCUGGCGCACUCGCCGGACGAGGCCCCAGAGGGGGAGGUGUCCGAGGACGAUGAUGGGCCGGAGGCAGAGGAAGAGAUCCUGAGCCAGGAGGCCAAGAGGAAGGCCAAGAAGUCCCAGGCCAAGGAGCUGUCUGACUGCAUCAUCUACUGCCACAGCGUCCCCUUCUGCGGCUUCCAGACGGCGCUUGCCCGCCGCCGGCCCUACGAGACGGCCUCCCUGCCCGAGGCCAAGGCCAGGAAGCUGAUCAAGGAGGCGGGGAACGAGUUUGUCCGUCACAACGCCCGGCAGCUGACGCGGAUCUACCCCAGCGGGCUGAGGACCGACUCCUCCAACUAUGACCCGCAGGAGAUGUGGAACGUGGGCUGCCAGCUCGUGGCCCUGAAUGUGCAGACGGCCGGGGCGGAGAUGGAUCUGUGCGACGGGCUCUUCCGGCAGAACGCCCGCUGCGGCUACGUGCUGAAGCCGGCUUUCCUGAGGGACGCGGAAACCGCCUUCGACCCCGACAAUCCCCGGAGCAGGGCCAGGGGCGGCCCCUGGAGCCUGGCGAUUCAGGUCAUCAGCGGGCAGCAGCUCCCCAAGGUGGCUGGCAGCAAGGCGAGCGCCAUCGUCGACCCCCUGGUGCGCGUGGAGAUCCACGGCGUCCCCGCCGACCAGGCCAGGCUGGAGACCCAGGCUGUCGAUAACAACGGCUUUAACCCCCACUGGGGCGAGACGCUGUGGUUCAAGGUGCACGUCCCUGAACUGGCCCUCGUGCGCUUCGUGGUGGAGGAUUACGACAAGACGUCCAGGAACGACUUCGUGGGCCAGUUCACCCUGCCCUUUGCUAGCAUCAAAUUAGGUUAUCGUCACAUCCACCUCCUGUCCAAGGACGGCAUGGCCAUCCCACCCUCCUCGCUCUUCGUUCAAGUCCAAAUCACGGAGCUUCCCUACCCCGAGUAGCAGCCGAGUGGGUCACGCCAGCCCCCUGUACCACCCGUUAACAGCCCUGUCCCGACAGCUGCUGGAGAGACGCCGCCCUGCCCAGCCCAGCCCAGCCCAGCCUGCUUCCUGCCCGAGGUGGCUUUGCACGAUGCUUGUUUUCUUUUGAACCUGCCUGUAGCUGUUUGGGGUGCUGCUAUUUUGCACCUGAUGGUUUGCCUGGAUCUCAGCCGGGCUGGGAGGCAGGUGACUGCCCCCCGCCAGGGGCGGCUCUAUGUAUUUUGCCGCCCCAAGCACAGCAGGCAGGCGGCUUUUGGCGGCACGCCUGCGGGAGGUCCGCUGGUCCCACGGCUUCAGCAUACCCGCUGCCGAAUUGCUGCUGAAGCCACGGGACCGGCGGACCUCCCGCAGGCGCGCCGCUGAAAGCUCCCUUACUGCUGUCUCCACAGCGACCGGCAGGCCGCUCCCCGACUACCGUCCCCACAGCGACCGGCAGGCCGCUCCCCGACUACCGUCCCCACAGCGACCGGCAGGCCGCUCCCCGCAGCUUGCCGCCCCAGGCAAGCACUUGGAGCGCUGGUGCCUGGAGCCGCCCAUGCCCCUCACCAUGUGGCUCCAACCCGGCAUCCCCCGCACCGCUCUGCCCUAGGGCUGCGGGCAUGAUUGUGGCUGGGCUGCCAGGCGGGGCGCUUCGGGGGGUGUUUUGCACCUCCCCAUUUAGUCACUACCCUCGAGGGGGCUCAGGCCCAGCUGGGUGGCUAGAAUCAAGCCGGCUCUGCUGCCCCUCACUGAGUUAGACAGCGGUGCCUCUAAUCGCCCGCUGCGGGAGGCCUCGGGGUGUUCUUCGGCUUGCAGUAGCACCACUCCAGGAGCGGGGCCCUGGCCAUUGCCUAAGCCCAGAACUACACCUCUGCCCCCCAGCGCGUCCAAUGGGAGUAAAGGACAAGAGCAUGUGGGGACAGGCCCGUCAGCCUGCUGGGCGGGGUGAGCGCACCAGCUGCCUCCCAGUGCUGUGUGGGCUGGGGGCUGACGGAGGGAGCUGUGCGGCUGUCUACGGGCAGCUCCUCCCCAGCUAACGGGCAGCCCCAGAGAAAGCACCGAAGUGCCCACUGGACACGGUAACCAAUGAGCGCUGCCCGCCAGCCGGAGCCAGGAGACACCGGAUCCCAUAGGCCCCGGAAGCUGCAAGGAGAGCCGCUGGUGCCUGGCUCAGCCCAGCUGCAAGGCCCGUCGUCAGGUGCUCCAGGAAGAGUCGGUCUCUCCUUUUUCAGAGGGUGGGGGAGAGAGGCACUGACCCCACCUGUUUUGCACCUCUCUUGGGAAGCAGCAGGGCAGGGCCUGGUCGGCAAGGAAUUGCACCAACAGUUGGAGAAACCCUCAGGUCCCCUGUGUACAGAUUCUCCAUGGCGCUCGAAGCUGGGGUAGUUGUGGGGCUGCACCCACACAGCUCCGUGCAUUCCCCCCACACUGGCUUGGGGGGGGGACGGAUACUUUCCUUCCUGGCCCUUGCUGCUGUCUGUCGCCCUAAGAUGUAACCCUGCCUCCCCUCCAAACACAAACACAGAGACCUACAGCCACAGCCACCCGGCCUGGGCACAGCGUCCUCUCCUCAAGCCCCUCAGACCUGGGCACGCCGUGCGGCCAGUCUUUAAUUUGCAAUCAAAGAGGUUCCACAGCACAGAUUAAGCAGUGCACACGUCCACCAAUACAAAGCGUGGGAGCCUACGUCUCCAACAGCCUGGGGUGUCCUCUGCUAGGCUCACGGCUCCAGUCUCAUUUCUCCUUCCCCAGCCUUCAGGACCAGUCCCAGCUGGGCAGGGGAAUUACAAGGAAGUCAACAAACGCGGCCAAGGGUGACCCAGUGGCUAUAGGGUACUUUGACUUUCAGAAAGUCUUUGACAAGGUCCCUCACCAAAGGCUCUUAAGCAAAGUAAGCAGUCAUGGGAUAAGAGGGAAGGUCCUCUCAUGGGUCAGGAACUGGUUAAAGACAGGAAACAAAGGGGAGGAAUAAAUGGUCACUUUUCAGUGUGGAGAGGUAAAUAGUGGGGUCCCCCAGAGGUCUGUACUAGGACCGGUGCUGUUCAGCAUAUUCAUAAAUGAUCUGGAAAAUGGAAGUGAGGUGACAAAAUUUGCAGACGAUACAAAAUUACUCAAGAUAGUUAAGUUCAAAGCAGACUGUGAAGAGUUACGAAGGGAUCUCACCAAACUGGGAACUGAGCACGAACAUGGCAGAUGAAAUUCAAUGUUGAUAAAUGCAAAGUAAUGCACAUUGGAAAACAUAAUCCCAACUGUACAUAUGAAAUGAUGGGGUCUAAAUUAGCUGUUACCACUCAAGAAAGAGAUCUGGGAGUCAGUGUGGAUAGUUCUCUGACAACAUCCACUCCAUGUGCAGUGGCCGUCAAAAAAGUGAACAGAACGCUGGGAAUAUCCUAAUGCCACUGUACCAGUCCAUGGUACCCCACCCCGGGACGCUGCAUGCAGUUCUGGUCACCCCAUCCCCAAAAAGAGAUAAUUGGAAAUGGUCAUAGAAGGGCAGCAAAAAUGAUUAGGGGGAUGGAACAGCUUCCGUAUGAGGAGAGAUUAGUAAGACUGUGACUUUUCAGCUUGGAAAAGAGACGACUAAGGGGGGACAUGACUGAGGUCUAUAAGAUGAUGGCUGGUGUGGAGAAAGUGACUAGGAAAGGGUUAUUUACCCCUUCACAUAACACAUGAAUCAGAGGUCACCUGAUGAAAUUAACAGGCAGCAGGUUUAAAACAAACAAAAGGAAGUAUUUCUUCACCCAACACGCACACAACCUGUGGAACUCCUUGCAAGGGGAUGUUGUGAAGGCCAAAAGUAUAACUGGAUUGAAAAAAAAGAACUAGAUACGUUCCUGGUGAACAGGUCCAUUAAUGGCUAUUAGCCAGGAUGGUCAGGGAGGCAACCCCCUGCUCUGCCAGAGGCUGGGGCAGGAUGACAGGGGAUGGAUCAUGUUCUGUUCAUUCCCUCUGGGGCACCUGGCACUGGCCACUGUCGGAGACGGGACACUGGGCUGGAUGGACCCUUGCUCUGACCCAGUCUGCCUCUUCUCGUAAUCUUGGCCACAAAGCACGAGCCUAGGAACAAGCAGAAGUGGAAUGGUUGGGACAGCACCAGACUUGGAGGCUGCACUCUCGAGAAAGCACGGGCCAAAAUCCCAGGGCUGGAGCUGUUACACCGAUCAGCAGGAGAGCCUUUAACCCCAGGAGGAGGUACACUGCAGCCCCGCCAGCUCCCCGUCCAACCACUGUUCUGCUCUCUUCCUCUCCCUCCAAGUUCUGCUCCAGAAACCCAGCGUGUUUCCUCUUGCUGCUCUACGCUUCGUUUGAUCAUCUCCCUUGGGCACGUCUCCCAGCUGCUCCUUCUCUUGCCCAUGACCGCGCUCUCCCAUGGGCUCUCUCUGCUCCUUGGUUUCUGAUGUUCAGAUUACAGGGAUGCCUGGCGCAAGAGAGCUCACCCGGGUCGGGCAAACCCUUUUCCUGGACAAACCCCCUUCCCAAGGGCUUGUCGAAUGCGUCACCGAACCAAUCUCCUCCUUGACCCCAGCUGCUUGGCCAGUGAUCCAGCAGGAUCGGCUCAAAUCUCUCCCCAACCACCAAGAGGUUCCCGGCCAUGCUUCAUGCACAGCCAAGGGGCAGCGGCAGCUGCGAGCGCCGGGAGGGGGCCAGGCUGUGCCUCUGACCGCUCCUCCAGGGCUCCCAUGCAGCCCGGUCAGUACUCUUCACCGAGACGCUCACAGCAAGGGCCGUGCGUACUGCCGCAUUCCCGUCGCAGGUCUCCAGGUCGGGCCCUUCAUUCCCCAACCCUGUACCACAGCCAGGAAGGCACCUAACCCACUGAGCCUCAGGCUACUGUCAUGACAGAGAACUACUGCUCCUACUCUGGGCGUACUGCCACGUUGAGCCACUUAAGACACAUCCCGCUACGGCUGGUGGCCUAGGAGCGGCUGGCGGCCUGGGAACAGCUGGCCUCCACUCCCAAGGUCAUUCAUCAAGGCGCAGGUUCUCUCUGGAAGAUGUCACCUCCUAGUACGAUGCUGAAUCCGGGAAUGCUUCGUUCUCAUGUAGGCAGCAGGAGCUUGUUACCGGUACAUCAAAAAGCCUCCAGCCUGCAAGCUGGGGGUGAAGUCUCCCACGCCGGGACGACGUCUCCAUGGCUUGCUCCAGCUGUGUCUAGCCGCUGGUGCCCAGACACCAAGCUCCCCUAUCCAGAGAUCUCAUAUCACAGCUGGAGUUACUGGGAUACUCCGGAGGUUUAGAGGAGCUGGGCUCCGUCCAGGUGAGGCCAUCUCCUCCCUAGCUGGGGCAGCAGGAGCCGUGAGAUCUCCCUGUGAUAUUUACACUGGGGUCACUGCUCAGAGGCUGCGUGCACUGGGGAAAACAGACACGAGGGUCUGGCAGGCUAUGGAGCUGCCCCCAGCAUAUGCCCAAUGUUCUCCCCAUGAGGAGGGUCUUUGCACCUCUACAGCCUCCUGGGUCAACUGGCCAUGCGGGCUCUCAGCACCCCGACUUGGGCUGCAGUGCUCCACAGACUGUGGGCAGCCCAGGGUGGGGGACGGUGAGCCUUGCCUUGGCCCCUGCAGUCCUCACUGUGCUGCUGAGGGGCCAUCAGCACUAGUGCGGGACUUGUGUGUUCUCCCCCGGGUCCCCUCCCACUUUGUGCCCUGGCUCCGCUGCCGUCUGCCCGACAGUCAGUGGCCAAGAAGCCUGGCCACAUGGCCGUGGAUUAAACCAUUUCAACAGGAAAACUCUGUCACAGUUGGCACAAGCUGACCUCUAAUCCGGAGGAGUAGGAGACAUCCCUGGAGGCAGGUUACCCCGAACUCCCCAGGCCUGGGAAGCAGCAGUGGAGACAGGAUACUGGGCUGGAUGACCCUGGGCUCUCAUCCAGCCUGGCAGGGCCUAGACCAGCUCGGCCGGAGCAGCUGUUGCAGAGACAAUCCCGCUCUGUCCAAUCAUGCACCUGGCAUCCUCCCUGGAACACGCCUCGCAGCGUGGCCUCUCACAGCUGGCCCGGUCACUCAGAUUACUGACGUGUGUGGCAUUUGCUGCAGAGGGCAGAGCUCCUCAUUGCUUCCCCGAUGCUCUCUCCACACGGACAAGUGUCAUUAACAUCCCCCGCCCCCAGAGCUCCUGGCCCUCAGACUCUGGCUAGACUAGAACCAAAGCCGCUUGUAAUGCUGCUGCUCAUGCCCCUAGCCAUGCAAGCCUGGCUGCUUGCAAAUAGCAGAGCAAGAGCAUGCCGCAGGGAGCCAGUGCACAAUGGAGCCUCUGCAUGGACAGUAGGAAGUUAUGGCUCGAUGGGGUCCCAGGAGAGGAAUUCUAUGCAGACACCUCAAAUCCCAGGGGCUGAUGGUUCCCAACUAGUAACGUACCCACACCAUAGCUUGGACUUCCAGCAGGCCCUGAGCUCCCUCAGACAGGCCAGCCCGUGCCCGCGUUCCGCACCUCCCACUGCCUCAGACAGGCCAGCCAGUGCCCGCGUUCCGCACCUCCCACUGCCUCAGACAGGCCAGCCAGUGCCCGCGUUCCGCACCUCCCACUGCCUCAGACAGGCCAGCCAGUGCCCGCGUUCCGCACCUCCCACUGCCUCAGACAGGCCAGCCAGUGCCCGCGUUCCGCACCUCUCACUGCCAGAGACAGGCCAGCCCGUGCCCGCGUUCCGCACCUCCCACUGCCUCAGACAGGCCAGCCCGUGCCCGCGUUCCGCACCUCCCACUGCCUCAGACAGGCCAGCCAGUGCCCGCGUUCCGCACCUCCCACUGCCUCAGACAGGCCAGCCGGUGCCCGCAUUCCGCACCUCCCAUUCCCUAAUAGAGGUCAGGCCCAUCUGGACCUGGGGCAGCACCAUUGCAGCCUUCAUGGGAUGAGAUGGGCUACAGCUGGUCCAGCAGAGCUUAAACGGGUAACAGAGGAGCGCAGAAGUGAGGAGAGCCAGACACCCGCAGAUACAGGCCAAGAGCACAGCAAGCUUGGGUGAGCUGCUGCACAUUCGCCUGAGUAGCGAAUCCAGUUUAACCCUGGCCUUGCUGGAGUCUAAAGGCCAAGAGAGGAGUCACCCAGAAAGUAUCUGGGAGACACAAUGCCAGGAAGCUGCAAACACCUCAGAUUCCGAGACCCCAUCCCAGCCUCCCCAGCAACCAGUGCUGCCUUUCCCCAUCUCCCCCCACAGCUCUCUGCUUCACUCAGGUAUCUUUCUAUGGAACGUACCUUUAUAUGCCAUGUAGAGAACAUGCGGCCGUACAAGCCAGGGGUAGUUGUGUCGCUGCUCUGUUGCCUUGUACAGUCCCUUCCUAUAAAAAGGACCUAAUAAAAUAGAGACCGGUUACA